ACCCCAAUCGCUGCGCGUACGACUUUUCCGCUUCUGUCCUAUAAAGAAGUCUGAUUAACGCAAAUGCACAACCCCAUCGAUUAUUAUUAUUAUUCGAAUCUUCUCCUUUCCAACUCAUUAGAGCUUUCAAUCGAAUAUUAUUUUCUUUAAAUUGAGAUCCUAUUUCUAUUUUGCAAACAUCGUUUAUUAUAAUAUUUUUUCGAGGAAUAAUUGUUACGUAGAAGGUUCCGGAUUUGGGAAUUCAACAAUUCCACGAAACAAUGCUCAGAUAAGACCUUUCCCGUGUACCUCUGUCAGUUAGGUAUUCCUAUCUGUUAUGUGACAUUUACAAAAUAGAGCUGAAUUUGAUGAGUGUAUGGAUAAGAGGCAACACAUUGCGAUAUUUACUACGGCGAGCCUUCCAUGGCUAACUGGGACUGCUGUCAACCCUCUAUUUCGUGCAGCAUAUCUUGCAAGGGAUGGCAAGAGAAAAGUCACCUUGGUUAUUCCUUGGUUGAAAUUGAAGGACCAAGAACAUGUCUAUUCGAACAAUAUAACUUUUAAUUCAGCGAAUGAGCAAGAAAAAUAUGUUCGCCAAUGGCUUGAAGAACGGAUUGGGUUCACAUCACCUUUCAUAAUACGUUUCUAUCCAGGAAGGUUCUCUCUUCAUAAAAGGAGCAUUCUUGCUCUAGGGGAUAUUACUGAGAUCAUCCAGGAUGAAGAGGCAGAUAUUGCAGUCCUCGAGGAGCCCGAGCAUCUUACAUGGUAUCAUCAUGGUAAAAGGUGGAAAACAAAAUUUCGUCUGGUUAUAGGCAUUGUUCACACCAAUUAUUUGGAAUAUGUGAGGAGAGAGAAGAAUGGACAACUGCAGGCAUUUUUUCUGAAAUACAUAAAUAGUUGGGUUGUCAAUAUAUAUUGUCAUAAGGUGAUAAGAUUAUCGGCUGCCACCCAAGAGCUUCCGAGAUCUGUUAUCUGCAAUGUCCAUGGGGUCAAUCCAAGAUUUCUUGACAUUGGCAUGAAAAAGAAAGAGCAACAGUGGAAUAGAGAGCAGGCUUUCACAAAAAGCACAUACUACAUUGGGAAGAUGGUGUGGAACAAAGGCUACAAGGAGCUACUUAAACUUCUGCAUGCGCAUCAAAAAGAGUUAACUGGUCUUGAGGUUGAUUUAUAUGGCAGUGGACAGGACUCUGAUCAAGUUCAGGAAGCUGCCAAGAAUCUGGAAAUACCAGUCAGGGUUCACCCUGGUCGUGAUCAUGCUGAUCGUUUAUUUCACGACUACAAGGUAUUCCUGAAUCCCAGCACCACAGAUGUAGUCUGUACAACCACAGCUGAAGCAUUAGCAAUGGGCAAGAUAGUGGUAUGUGCUAAUCAUCCCUCAAACGAUUUCUUCAAGCGGUUCCCAAAUUGCCGAAUGUAUGAUGAUGGCAAUGGGUUUGUUGAAGAAACACUCAAGGCAUUGCAAGAUGAGCCUGCUCCCCUGACCGAUGCGCAAAAGCAUGAGCUAUCUUGGGAGGCAGCUACAGAGCGGUUUCUGGAAGCUGCAGAGCUGGACGCCGUGCCUACUAAGAAACUGAACAAGACACCCUCACCCUCAAAGCUCUUCAUGUCCACAUCUUUCAAUAUCCGGAGGAAUUUCGAGGACGCAUCUGCAAUGGUACAUUUUCUAGGAACUGGCUUUCUAAGUUCACAACCGGAUGAAGAACUAUGUAAAGAGGUUGGAUUGUCAGUAUCUCCCAAAAAACGUUCAUACCCUUCAAAAAGAUGGGUUUUCUAAGAUAGAUUCCUGUCUUCAAGAAAUAUUCCAUUUUGGUGGCAGUGAUACCCGAAUGAAUAGAAAGUACUCCUGAUCUUUACAUGGGUUUGAGCAAUUGCAUUAUCUGAAUAGGGCUUGACGUUGUUUGCAUGCAUUUUAUGUAUAAGUUGAAGUUAGUCUUUUUUUUU